AUGGCGGGAUCAGACGCCUUCACGACACUCAUUAUGAAAGGUUUGGUGUAUCUUCUUUUGCUGAACACGAUCAGCCCGGUGCUUGCCGUCCCGGUUGAAAAUGAGUCUCCGAUCGUUGCCAGGGAGCAGACUCUCAGAAAAAGAGACUACCCGGUCCUAGCAGGACAUCCUACUAGCUGCAAUGCUUGGACAGUAAUUCGUAGGACCGAUACCUGCGCUUCCAUCAUUCAGGUGGCGAAGAUGUACCAGAUUGUACUUACACAGACGACAUUCCUUAAGUACAAUCCUGGAUUGAAGAACAACUGUGCGAAUGUCAAAAAGUCGACCUCGGUCUGGGCUUGUAUCCGAACACAAGACCCCCCAAAGCCUACAAAGAAGACCACAACAACCACCACCAAGAAGACCACCACCACCACUCCAAAGAAGACCACUACUACCACAACCUCAAAGAAGACUACUACAACUACUACAACCCCGAAGAAGACUACAACCACCACAACUUCACCCAAACCACCAGCAACUACGACAACCACCAAGCCGAGUACUACUACCACUACCGCUGAGCCAAGUACUACGACUACAACCACUUCUUCCGCUAAGACGACUAGUACUACUACUGAAGACGAUGUUGAUGAUACCAAAACUACCACUUCCUCCGCUAAGACCACUACCACUAUCACUACUACUAGUAGUGAUACUGAGGUCAAUGUGGAGACUACCCGUCCCAGUAACUCCACUACCACAAACGCUACAGGUGGUGGACCAUCUGUCAAGACUACUACUACUACUUUGAGCACAACUAGUGAAGAUUUAGAUGGAAACUCUCCUGGAACUACGACUUCACAGACCACAACCACGACUCCCAAGGUCACUACCACAACUAGUGCUGAUGGCGAUGAUGAAAGCUCGACUACGACUACCACUUCGCAGGCUACUACUACAACCACAACUUCUAAAGCUACUACCACAACAACUAGCGAGAAAGAAUCUACCACUACAACAACGACUACAUCAGCCAAGCCGACUCCAACUGGUUACGAAUUUGCCAUUACUGGAGCUCAGAAUGGCUGUGCUAACAGACAAGACAUCAACACAUUGGAAGCAAAGGAUCCUGAUGUUUUCAAUCUGUUGCUUGUAGCUAUGAAUAAGCUUCAUACCGCCGGCGAGACUGACCCAUGGAGUUACUACCAACUCUCUGGUAUUCACGGUAUUCCGUUCGUAGCAUGGCCAGAUCCGAAGGCUGCCUCCCCAGGUAAUGGUGAAUCUUUCGAUAGGACCAGAGGUUACUGCCCACACGGCAGUCUUCUCUUCGCUACCUGGCAUCGUCCAUACAUGCUUGUUCUUGAGCAAGCUCUUGUCGCUGCCGGUGAGGAGAUCGCAGAGAAAUACAAGACUGAAGCCCUCAAGACGAAAUACCAGGCUGCUGCAAAGAGGCUCAGAUUCCCAUACUGGGAUUGGUCAACCCGCCAAUUUGAGAGUCACACCCCGGAUAUCGUCAAGAAAGAAAAGGUUACAGUCAUUACUCCAGAUGGUCAAAAGACCAUUGAUAACCCAUUCCACUCCUACAUUUUCAAGGAUCAAGAGAAUCAAACAUUCAAGAAGCCAUUCAUUGGAGCGAAGCGUACUACCCGUGGUACUUCCAAGUUCACCGGCGUUUCUGAUGAAGCUGCCGCCGAUAAAGCUAUGCAGGCUGGUUUCAUUACCCGUCGUCAACAAACUUUCAACAACUUGAUGAGUACAUCUUCCUUCAACGACUUCUCUAGUGCCCUCGAAGUUUUGCACAACCAAGUUCACGUUGAAAUCGGAGGUGAAGGUGGUGGUGCAAUGUACUAUCUCGCCUAUUCUGCUUUCGAUCCCAUCUUCUGGCUUCAUCACAAUAACAUCGAUCGCCUCAUGGCAAUCUGGCAGGCAGCUAACCCAGAUCUUAAGCUCGCCAGUGGUCGUGGUGUCGGAACCUUCCAACGCCGCGUCACAGCCGGUGUUACCCAAGAUGACGAAAACACUCCACUCUACCCCUUCAAGCACCCCAAUGGAGAAUGGUGGACCUCUAAGGACGUUGAAGACGUCAGUGCAAUCUGGUCGUACGGCUACGGUUUCCCCGAAGUACCCUGCGACAAGAAGGAUGUCAGUCAGGAGGAUCUUGAUACUUUCUCUACCGAACAAAUUAACUUGCUUUAUAAGCCUGAGGCUUUGGUCCAGAAGCGUGCAGAGACCGAGUCUAGAAGCGAAUGGAACGUUAACAUUAUCGUUGAUCAGGCUGAGAUGUCUGAGACUUUCUCUAUCUACGUCUUCUUGGGCAAGCCGCCAUCAGACUCUGCAGAAUGGAUUAAGGCCGAUAAUAAGAUCGGUACUUUGUCUGUUCUUGGAAACCCUGAUAUGAAGAGGGUGUCGAACCUUCAGACUGCUAUUAUCCCAAUUAAUGCCAUUCUUAAGGCCAAGGGUGUUGAGGGUACCGAAGAAGAGAUCAACGAGUACCUGAAGAAGAAUCUUGCUUGGACAGCCAUGAGCAAUGGUGAGGAGAUCGAUGUCAACAAAUUCAAGACCCUAAAGGUCGGUGUCACUGUCAACACCAUCACGGUCAGCACCGAUGUCUCCGUCAAGGCCGAAUUCAGCGAUCCAGUUCUCGUCACUGCCAUCACUGAAGAAAAGAAAGCCGGUGUCAGCACAGUCGAAGAACUUGCUGAGCCAGUUGAUAAGAGCGGUAAAACGGUAGCUGCAGUUGAACGUUUCGCUGCCAUUGUCGUCGGCGAGACAUCAGACGCCGCUGAUAAUGCUGCUAAAAUCGAACCCCAUCCAUCUGGAACCGAAUCCAAGUCGGAUAGCACUACUACCAAGGAUUCUUCACCUUCUAGUAAAACUCAGCCCAAUAGCACACAAACGACUGCAAGUGGUAGUGUAACCUUCUCCACAAGCAUUAAGGCCUCUACAACUACCUCCCCCAAGGCCACAACUACAACCACCGCAAAGUCCCCCCCUACCCCUGCUGCAAAGGAUGAUGGCGGCAAGGCAGGUGAUGAUGAUGAAGAUGAAGGUGGGUAUGGCGGAUAUAGACGGAAGCGUGCUCUCAAGUACUUUUUCUAA